AUGAGCACAACUUGCCCAAAUCUGUUCUUUGCUGGUGGAUUUGUGAUCCUGUAUGAGGACAAAGUGCCGCUCGUCGCAAGAUCAGCGGAUAAUGCCAAGUACCUGGUUGUUGAUCGCGCAGCCAGCGAGCGAACCAGAGAAAUGAGGCAAAAGCGCCCUGCGCUGAAUGUGAGAAAGCACGGAAUCUGCACCAAGGAUCGCACAGGAUGCGCCAAACUCAGGGUAGUCAGUAACAGAGCCUUUUCGACCCGGGCGCGGUCGCGUGUUCAAGGUCGGUUUCUAGCGGUCGAACGAGGACGACCGGCCUCCAAGGUUGACUCAAUGACCGGGGUAUAUGGUGAGCUUAGGCCAGCUCAGCGAUCGGGUCUAGGGAAUGACAAUGCGGCCGGCGAAGGGACUACCCGGGACCAGGGUGUGCAGGGAACUUUUUUUGGGGGCGGCGCAACGGGGCACUGCGAGGGCGGAAACGAGGAAAUCGGCUGUAUGGGCGCGUUGUCGCGGGGGGAGCUGAUCGAGUCCAAUGCUGCACGGUUACGUGAUGGCCUCUCAGAGGCCGAAGUCCGUCCGUAUGCGCGGUGA